AACCAACCUUUAGCUAAUCAGAAAAGAAAACUACUUAUUCAAAACCAUUCCCUUCAAUAUAAACAAACGAUCUAAUUUGAGAUGCUUGCCACAAUAAUCUAAAUCUAAUUUAUUUAAAAAAAAUUAAAAAUGUCUAGUUUUAUUAUAAUUAGUGCAGGAAAAUAAAUGGAGAUACAAUACUACUAAAAAAUUGAUUAAUGUCAAAGAAGCUUUUAAUUCUGCUAUCUUAAUCUUAGUAGUAAUAGUAGUAGAAAAAGCUUUUCCAUUGGGUCUAGGGUGGUAAAUAAAAGACUUGAGAAUUGAGUUUGUAGAGUAAUUCCUCCGAUAUUAGGGACCUUCUUUCGUAAAUAACCCUUAUUUUAGCUGCAUCUACAAAGAAAACCAAGACAAGCUCAAGAAAAAUUUCUCUGAAAAAAAUUGAAAAAAAAUCAAUUUUUGUAUUGAAUCCCUGUAAAUUCGCCAAAAGAUUUAAAACCCAUCAAAUUCUUGCAUCCUCCCGCAAUGGAUUUUAGUCAGCCUCCUGGUGAAAAUUAUGCCAACCCCAAAACGUGUUUCUUUCAUGUUCUCUUCAAGGCUGCAGCGUUGGCCUUUUACAUCCUUUCUGCUCUCUUUCUCGACAACUUUGUGAUCAUUUUUGUGGUGACUGUUCUUCUUUCUGCCCUUGAUUUUUGGGUGGUUAAGAAUGUGAGUGGACGUAUAUUAGUUGGUUUGAGGUGGUGGAACGAAAUUAAUGAUCUUGGUGAGAGUGUGUGGAGAUUUGAAUGUCUUGACCAAGAGUCCUUGGCCCGGAUGAACAAGAAGGAUUCAUGGCUGUUUUGGUGGACCCUUUACCUUUCAGCAGUUGCUUGGAUUGUGCUUGGAAUAUUCUCUCUCAUAAGGUUUGAAGCUGAUUAUCUCCUUGUUGUUGGAGUUUGCUUGACUCUCAGCAUUGCAAAUAUAGUUGGCUUCACAAAAUGUCGCAAAGAUGCCAAGAAGCAGAUUCAACAGUUUGCCUCCCAGACCAUUGCGUCGAGAUUUUCUUCCACUAUACAAUCAGCAUUUAGUGUUGUCUGAAUAUUCAAAAGUAAAAUACAAAGAAUGACAUGGAAAAGAAAAUGCACUCGAAGAGAAGGAGAAGUUGAGAAGUGUGGCAUGUAACCAUUUUUGUGAACUAGGGUUACAAAUCGGACGUCUUUUAUGUUACCUCUAAUAUUUUUGUAGUAUAAUGAAUCUCUCAGAAAAAAAGUGUCAUAAUAAAUCUUCUUUCACUUGCUAUAUAUUAGUUGUCUGUAUGAUGUAUUGCAGUCUUUCCUGAGAUGUUAUUGAUUUUCAAUUCUUUCAA